UUGAGAGUGCCCAAUUAUGGCAGCAACAUUUUCUUUGACAAAGAGAUCCCUUUUCAACAUCUCAAAAUCUUUGCCUGAAGAGCAUCACUUUUGUUUUCGAUCCUGCUUAUCCAAGACCUGCUUCUCCACUUCUUUUGAACGUGCCCAAGACCCAAGAAAUAGGCCACCGACAGAGGCAAGCAGGGAUGAAGGCGGAGGAAGAGAUGAAGGAGACACCAGGAUUGAUAACAUGAGUGGUGUAACAGGAUAUGUAGGAGACACAGCAAGACAAGGCACGGCAAAAGCAGAAGAGGUGGCAGAGGACCUGGUUGACAUGGCAAAGGAGAGGACGGAUUUUGCAUGGGACUCUACCAAGAACAAGACCCAAAAAGUUGGGGACACAUUGGUUGCUGAGGCUAAUGAGAACGUCAUUGAUACAACUGAGUACAGAAAUAUGGAGGACUGAGUAAGUUCGCAGAUCGUGAUGAACAUAUUCAUAAAGAGAUCUGAAGGGUUGUAAAAUAUGUGGCUAAGGCUUCAUCUGGAAAUGGAGGCUCUUGCAUUAAGCUUGGAAAUGUAAUAUUCGACUUUACUACCAGGUUUUUUUUUUUUGGUGGUUUUACUUCCAAACUUUGUUGGCAAUGUGAAACUUCCCCACAAGAUCAAGGGGAAGUUGUAUAUCGAAUCUUUUCCUUAAAAAAAAAAAA